AUGAAUGAAGGAAGGAGAGAGGAAUAUUUAAAUGAAUUAACUUUUCUGUUGUGUUCGUGCCAGCCUAGUGUUGCACUCCGACCCCGACAAAAUGUUGCUCCCCGACCUUGCCACGAAACAAUUCGAAAACCCCGUACCCCGACACACCCGCCCCCGAGCGUUCGAAGUGCAAUCCUAAUUUUAAGUCAGAUGUUAGCCCCUUCUUGUCAGCCCCUUCUUGAUUUUAAGUCAGCCCCUUCUUGUCAGCCCCUUCUUGAUUUUAAGUCAGCCCCUUCUUGUAUGAUAUCACAUUCAGUUGUGCUUCGGUUGCGGCUCAUUCCAUGAUGGUUCUAUUCCAUCUUCUAUGCAAAAAAAUUUUUUUCCAGAGCAUGAACUUAAUAUUAUUAAAUAGUCCCAUAAAAGUCUCGUGAAAGUCGUCCCAUAAAAUAUUCUGAGGCAAGAUUGAUUAAAGCAAAGUGACGAUUGACACGAACAUACAAAGUC